AUGGACGAAGAUGCUAAAAACUUUGUGAAGAGAUGCCAAUCCUGCCAGAAGUUUGGGAACUGGAUACAUGCAUCAGUAGUUGAACUACAUAACAUCAAGACUCCUUACCCACUCCAUACAUGGGUAUUUGACCUGGUAGGUCCUAUAGCGCAACAAUUCAAAGGCCACAGAUGGAUACUUGCAGUGACUGAAGUUAGCACCAAGUGGGUAGAGACUAUACUGAUGAGGAAGGUAAACAGGGCCAGAGUAGCCAACUUCAUCAAAGAAAACAUAAUCUGUAGGUUUGACAUACCCAAAGUAAUAUUGUCUAACAAUGGAACUUUCUUUAUAAAUCGUCAUGUGGGAAGACUGCUGGACGCCUACCAGAUCAAGCACCACAAGUUUAGUCCAUACUACCCCCAAAGGAACGGACAAGCUGAGGCGGCCAACAAAACUCUCAUCCGAAUAUUGAGUAAAAUGAUGGAUGAAGCAAGGGGCAUAUGGUCCGAACAACUCCCCGUAGCAUUCUGGGCGUAUAGAAUGUCAAAGAGGAGGCUAACUCAGGCAACUCCAUUUUCCCUAGUAUAUGGAUCCGAAAUUGUGUUACUAGUUGAGUUGGCAGCAAGAAUGGCUAUGUCAGCACACUUAGUUCCAGACAGUAGGAAGAAUGACAUAGAGGCAGCUGAAGAAAUAAGAGAUUGGGCCUCACGAGCAAUGGAAAAGUAUCAUCAAUCCACAGCUCGUACCUACAAUCAAUCUGUUCAACAUAGGAAGUUCAAUGAGGGGGACUUGGUAUGGAAGACGGUGGACGCAAUCAUGUGGGGGCAACCAAUCCCCAAGUUCUCACCUAGAUGA